AUGAUAAGAAGAUUUUUCCAGAAGAUAUCCAAAAAGAAACAGACACAGCGACUAAAUGGAGUUAUCAAGCAAGCCAUCUUGAAGACUUCCGCAGAGGCCAGUAAGAAGCGUAUCUCCAAGUGGCGGCGGUGUCAUAUACACUGGAAAGACUACACGGAAAAGGUUUGCCAUUCCUGUGAUCGGCUGCUAGGAAUUGCUGCUAUCAUUUGUCAUGCAUCUGAAAAUUCGAAUGUUCACCAGGUGGAUUCCUUACCUGAUUGUGUGGAUUGGGGCCCUGCGCGAGUGCGGCUAAUCCUGAGGGAGACCCCCAAAGGGGACACCGUCAAGGCAGAGCCGCAGGUGACACCGUUCCCAAAGGGAGAAACCGCAAGGGACCCCCGUCAAGGCAGAGGGCCCCAGGUUUACACCCAAGGCAGAGCCGCAGGUGACACCGUCCAAAAAGGCCAAAAGGGGGCCCCAGGUGACACCGCCAAAGGGGAGAGCCGCAGGUUGAAACCGGCCCCAAAGGGAGAGCCCCAGGGGGGACACCGCCAAAGGCAGAAAACCGCAGGGGGGACACCGCCCAAAGGAAGUCCCAGGCAGGGGCCCCAGGGGACACCGCCAAGGCAGAUCCGCAAAGGGACACCCCUCAAGGGAGGGAAAAACCGCAGGGGGGACACCGCCCAAGGCAGAAAAACCGAAGGUGACACCGUCAAGGCAGAGCCGCAGGGGGACACCCCCAAGGCAAGGGGCCCCAGGGGGACACCGUCAACGGCCCCCCCAGCCGCAGGGGGGGACACCGCCCCCAAAGGGAGAUCCGCAGGGGGACACCCCAAAGGGGAGCCGCAGGGGUUGGGGAAACCCCCCAAGGCAAAAUCCGCAGGGGGGGGUUUACAUCGUCAAGGGGAGAGCCCCAAGGGGGACACCCCCCCCAAGGCAGGGUCCCCAGGGACACCCCCCAAGGCAAAAAAGGCCGGGAGGGGGACACCGCCAAGGCAGGGUCCGCAGGGGGGCACCUCAAGGCAGAGCCGAGGUGAAAACCCUUUAAGGGAGAGCCGCAGGCAGAAGCCGAAGGGGGGACACCGCCAAGGGGAGAACCCAGGGGGUACACCCGCAAGGCAGAUUUCCCCAGGGGGGGACACCGCCAAGGCAGAUCCGCAGGUGACACCCCCCAAAGGCCCGAGCCGCAAAGGGGGACACCGCCCAAAGGGAGGGGUCCGCAAAGGGGACACCCUUAAGGGAGAGCCGAAGGGGGACACCGCCCAAAGGCCCAGAUCCGCAGGGGACACCCUCAAGGCGAGCCCCCAGGGGGGCACCCCCUCAAGGCAGAUCCCCCAGGUGGGCACCCCUCAAGGCAGAGCCGCAAAUUGGGGGACCCUAAGGGGAAGCCGCAGGGGGGACACCGUCAAAGGCAGAGCCGCAGGUGACACCGUCAAGGCAGAUCCGCAGGUGGGCACCGUCAAAAGGGAGAGCCGCAGGGGGGACACCCUCAAGGAAAAGCCCCAGGGGACACCGGCCCAAGGCAGGGGCCGAGGGGGACACCGCCCCAAGGAAGAGCCCCCAGGGACACCCCCAAGGCGAGCCCCAGGGGACCCCCGCCAAAGGGGAGAUCCCCCAGGGGGACACCGCCCCAAGGGGAUCCCCGGGAGGUUACACCGUAAGGGAGACCGCAGGGGGGGACACCCCAAGGCAGGGUUUCACCUUGAGGACGAGGGCUGCCUAGAAAACAAAUGA